GUAAACAAAGCUCCCAAAAAUUACAAGUUUUGCUAAUCAUAAAUACUUGCUGUAAGAGUACUAACAGCUUCAAAUAUUCUACAAAAAUGGCUGAAGAAGCAGAAACAGCUGGGAUUGAUAGUUCGCACGACAAGGAACUCGCAGCGAAUGUGGAGAACAUGUCACUGGCCGGUCAGAAAGUGGAAAAACAAGAGCUAAAAAAAAUCGAUAUUGUGCUGCAUGCCACUGGUAGUGCCCCUAUUUUGAAACAAAAAAAGUGGUCGGUAGACCAAGAAAAACCAAUCAGUGCCAUUGUUAAAUUCAUACACAAAUAUCUCAAGCUCGACCCAGAAGAAAGAUUGUUUCUCUAUAUCAAUCAAACCUUUGCUCCGUCACCCGACCAAAUAAUCAAGAAUUUGUACGAAUGCUAUGGAACAAACGGAAAGCUGAUUUUGCACUACGCAAAAACGCAGGCAUGGGGAUAAACGACUGCUACUUGACUUGGAAAUUACUUCAUU